AUGGCAGCCCGCUCAACUUCGACCAGUACUCCCUCCCUGGGCAGCCUGCACCACCAACUCCUCCCUUCGUACCGCACCGUGGUCGAUCAUACUCUCCUCUCACCCGUCGUGACAGGGGCAUUACUAUUCCUUGCCAACAGGCGCAACCACAACAACCGCAGCCGCAUCGUUCCCUCGAUCGCAGCCGUCAGAAUACUCAAGAUCCUGUUCACUGUCGGCUUGGUGACUCAGGUCAACCGGUUCCUGAACCGACUGGCCCUGAACCAUUGGCAUCUCCGGAAGCAGGGUGCGCCGUGGGAGUUCCAGACCGAAGGCAAGGAGACGAUCGUGGUGACGGGCGGGUGCAGCGGCUUCGGCAAAGCGAUGGUCAAAAUGUUCGCCGCCACAACAAAGGCGAAUCUCGUCGUCUUGGACAUCCAGGAGUUGCCGGCCGAUCUGGAGAACAUCCCACGACUGCACUACUUCCCCAUCGACCUGACCAAGCCGGAAUCCAUCAUCGCCACCACGACACGCCUUCUCGAGACGGUGACGCCUCCGCCGACGGUGCUGAUCAACAACGCGGGGAUCGCCCAAGCCCACACGCUACUCGAAACGAGCGACGCCUUCCUCGACAAGAUCUUCCGAGUCAACGUGCUCUCGCACUUUACGCUGCUGCGACUGCUUCUGCCCGAGAUGCUGGCCCGGCGGAAGGGCCACAUUGUCACCCUGGCCAGUAUGGCCAGCUACACGGGCCUCGCUAGUCUCGCCGACUACGCUGCCACCAAGGCCGCCGUGCUGGGCUUGCAUGAGUCGCUGGUGCAGGAGUUGACGCAUCGCUAUAGCCACGUCGGGAGCAACGCUGGGAGCAACGCUGGCGGUAGUAGUGGCAGCAACGCUGGUGGUACUGGUGGUAAUGGUGGUGAUACUCCCGGUGGCAGCAACGCUGGUGGCAAUGGUGGUGAUUUUCCUGGUGGUACUGGUGGUCCCGGUGGUACUGGUGGUGGUAAUGGUGGUGAUACUCCCGGUGGUAAUGGUGAUAACCCCGGCCACAGCAUCCAAGCCAGCAUCAUUCACCCCAUGUGGGCCCGCACCGCGCUCAUCGGCUCCUGGGAAUCCGCCCUCACCCAGUCCGGCACGCCGGUGCUGACGGCCGAAGACGUGGCCGGCCGCGCCGUCGACCAGGUCCUUUCCGGUAGGAGCGGCAGCGUCUACGUCCCGGCCAAGAUGUGCAUUGGGCCCCUGUUGCGCUGCCUGCCGGACUGGCUGGCCAUUUGGAUACGGGAUGGAGUGCAGAAGGCGACGGCGACGACCACGACCACAGCCACGACAGAGGAAAAGAAGGCACUUUCAUCGUGA